CUCAGGCUCUCAGGGCCCCUCUUCUCGACAGGCUAUAGCCUCUCUCCGGGAAGCAAGCCGCUGGGCAAGACGCGGACCACUUCGAGGCAUACUUUGCCCACCUUGAACAGGAACGCAACCCAGCAGUGCUCAACCACCACGCAAUGCAGACCUUUGCAGACUUCUUGACCAUACUGGAAAUCAUCUGCGGCAACCCCACGGCCAGCCUGACCGCCAUCCGCUCCCUCGUCGCCGCGGUCAACCCGGGUCUCUGUUCCGACCAGACCAAGCUCUCUGCGAUCACCAUGCCCGCACGGCAGCACAGAUAUCUCCUCGAAGUCAGCCUGCCGUGGCCCGACAACCUGAGUCUGGCCGACGUGCUCCAGCGGCACCUCUCGCAACCGCCGCCGCCAGCGGCCUCCCAGGUCUCCACUGCCGAGCGCUUCUCCGACUACCUCAACGUGGUCGACAUGAGGAAGAUUACCGGCGUCCGCGUGCUGUGGACCGCGAACCUGGGCGAGCAUCUCGUCUCCCAGGACUCGUGCGCCUGCCUUUUCCAUCACGUUGCCGCGCUGAAGCGCAUCAGAGACUCGGUGCCGUGCAACGCGUUCCUCCCGCCGGCCUUCGUCGACGAGACGCUGGCCACAAUCAACCUGCUGGUCCCGCUCGAGGACGGGCGGUGCAACGCCUGGCUCGGCGGCGAGAUUGCCAGGCUCGGCGGCGAGAUUGCCAGGCUCGGCCUCGACGACCAGCUCAUCUACCGCAAGGCGGCCAACCGCAGCAAGCGCGGCUUUGUCUUCUGGCAGGACCGGCUGCUGGCGUUUUCCGACGCGUUCGACCGCGCUCGCCCGUCGGGACUGGCGCAGUGUUGGCACGACCGGAGGGAUAUGGGCCGCUGGUGGAACUACUGGCUUGUGGUCGCCGGCCUGGGCUUGGCCGUCCUGUUUGGCCUUGUGCAGUCGGUCACGGGCAUUCUCCAGGUCAUUGGGCCGGAGGAUGACACGCCACAAAAACAACACUGA